CCGACGGCAGAUUUCAACUUAACCCACCAGCACAUCCAUCGCCGACGAGUACAUCGACAGCGAGCUAUGACGAUAUUGACAGUUCUACUUCUCACGGUGGUGUCAACGUGCUUGGCGCAACCGGCUGACGAAGCGAAAGAUCGGCCGUCACGAGCACCGCAGAGUCAGAUCCAGUACAGCAACCCAGAAGGUUCAAAGGUCGACUGGAAGCUGUACGCGCCCCAAAACCAGUGGAGAUCUCAUCUCGAGUCAUCGAGGAGACUUGAACGCGCGGAAGCGGGAACGGGCCAGCCGAACUAUGGACCGAAGCAGCAGCAGCAAGGCCAAGUGGUCCAAGCUCCGGUGCAAAUUGAGCCGCAAUAUCAGCCGUACUCAUCGGUCCCGAGUCACAUUAAAAAGCUGAUCGUCGAGUCCUACAAUCACCAAGGUCCCUACGUCGAUCCUGGAGCGUUUUUCUACCAGGCGGUUAUUCCAACGGCCGUUUCAGCGUUGGUUCCCCAGGAGAAGAACGGCCAGUACGGGGCCGCGGCGCCGACUCAUCAAUUGGAACGUGAGUAUUUUGCUUCCGCUGUGAACUAUCGUGCCGCCGGGCACCAGCCGGACGCCGAGCAAUACUACAGCGGCGGCCAGGUCGGCAGAGUCCCGCCAAAGGCUGGAAUAAAAUACGCGGACGAAGAGAGACUGAGCCAGAGAUCGACGGCCCUGCCUUACGGGAGCGUGAUCGGGGCGCAGCCUCGCGAAAAGCUCGAAUAUCAAGCUUACAAGCAAGUCGCACAGCACCAGCAGUUCAACCGAAAGACUUCCGAAGGUCAAGCUCACUUCGCGCAGCAUCGAAACCGCGAUUUCGACUCGCAAUCCCAGUACUCGCAACAGAACAGUCAAAAUUCCCAGAUCCAUUCGCCUUUCGGACAAUUCAACAAACAAGCAUCCCCAGGCCCUCAACAUAACAAACCAAUCUCACAGUCCAAGCAGUACAAAGAAUUCGACUCGGUCAAACCCACUUCCGAAUCCCACUCCGAGCACGACAUGCCAAUGGCCAUCCAACAACUGCUGAGCUACCAAGCUCAGCUCCCCUACAACGUCAUCGCCAAUCACAUUAUCUACCGGCCAAAACAACUUUUCAUCCCGAAACCUCUGCCGGAGAGCGCCAAACUCGCCAAGCAAUACCCCAGCAAAAUUUACUUCCUCAAAACCGACGGACAAAUUUACGACAGCCCCGAGGUCAUUAAGGACCAGAAAAAUCACGAGAAAGGCUAUUAGAACUCUCGUGGCGAGCGGUAUAGAUUUUUAUAAUAUGUACAUACACUUUUACGAACCAGAGUUCAUUAUUUACGGCAGUAUUAUUCGGGUGGUGCUGUUCCAGAGAGUACUUUCAUCACAAUUAUUAUUCGAAUUCACAAAAUAACGACAAAUUCAUGAAUCUUCAGAGUGCAAUAUUAUUUUAGAACGUUUUACUGUUCAGAACGAGUGUUUUUCAGCUCUACGCGCAGUGCUUUUUUUUAUUCCAGAUACGAAAACCACGAUGGCAGUUACUUUGUAUCGAGUUUUUUAUGCUUCCUUUAAGAAUUGUGUAAAAUGACGUAAUUCAUAAACAAAUAAACAUGUUUCAUUGA